CUUGCCCAGUCACUUCAUUCCAACUUCCAGUUAGUAAACACGCUUCGAACAGCGUGGGACAUAUUAUCUUAUCAGCAGCGAUAAAGUAAUGUUAGGAACGUUUUUUGUUUCAUAAAUUGUUUUUAGGCAAAGCGCUGCAAUGAUCAGGAGUUUCGCAGCUGACGGAUUGAAGCGGUUUGCAUCGAUCAGGUGCUUUUCUUCGACUCCGGAUUUUACAAAAAACAACUACAAUGUGCAGCGGGGCGGUUAUCAGUCCUUGGAAGAAGACCACAUCAAGUAUUUCCAAACGCUUCUUGGUGAAAAUCGAUUGGUUAUGGAUUUAUCCGAUUUGGAGCAAUACAACGUCGACUGGUUCAAGCACUACAGAGGUAACAGUAAACUAGUUUUAAAACCCAAAACCACCGAGGAAGUUUCGAAGAUUUUAUCGUAUUGCAAUAAAAAUAAAUUGGCCGUGUGUCCGCAGGGUGGAAACACCGGAGUUGUCGGAGGGCAGGUGCCUGUUUUCGAUGAGAUCAUCAUAUCUAUGGCAUUGAUGAACCAAAUUGAAAGCGUCGACGAACAUUUAGGCGUUUUGGUGUGCCAAUCCGGCUGUAUUUUGGAAAAUCUUGAUAAUGAGCUAGAGAAGAAAGGCUUUAUGAUGCCUUUAGAUUUGGGUGCUAAAGGUUCCUGUCACAUUGGAGGAAAUGUAUCCACAAAUGCCGGAGGCUUGAGGUUACUGCGCUACGGAAAUAUGCACGGAAAUGUGUUAGGUCUGGAAGCGGUUAAGGCUAAUGGCGAAAUUAUCGAUCUUAUGAGUUCCUUAAAGAAAGACAAUACGGGUUUUCAUUUGAAGCACCUAUUUAUUGGUAGCGAGGGUACUUUGGGCGUAGUCACGAAAGUUGCGAUCCAAUGCGCAGUCAGACCCAAAUCCAUAAAUUUGGCCUUUCUGGGUUUGCAAUCAUUUCCCAAAGUCCUUAAAACCUUCAUGCAGGCUAAACAGGACCUGGGAGAGAUUCUGUCAGCGAUGGAGGUUAUGGAUAGCGCCACCAUGGACUUUGUUAAAGACAAGUUGAAAGUUGAAUCGCCAAUUGGCGAAUAUCCUUUUUAUUUAGUCAUCGAAACAUCAGGAAGUAAUGAUGAACACGAUGCAGAUAAAUUGCACAAGUUCCUAGAGACGACGUUGAUUAAACAUUUCGCUUUGAACGGAACCGUCGCAACCGAACCUUCCAAAGUCAAAGAAAUGUGGCAAAUUCGUGAAAGGAUACCAGAUUCGUUUGUUAAAGACGAUUACGUCUUUCUUUACGACGUAACUCUACCAAUUCCCGAUUACUUCACUUUAGUCGACGAUGUUAGAGAUCAUCUAGGAUCAAAAGGAAAAGUGUUUGGUUUUGGGCAUUUAGGUGAUGGAAAUCUGCAUAUCCAAGUUGCCGUUGAUAAGUAUACUCAUGAGAUUAAAGACUUCAUUGAAGAUUAUAUGUAUUCGCGAGUCGUCGAAUUGAAGGGAAGCAUCAGCGCUGAGCACGGCAUUGGUUUCGCAAAGAUCAAGUAUUUGGAGAAGAUAAAAGAUAAGAACGCGUUGAUCUUCAUGCGUCAAAUGAAAAGGUUGAUGGAUCCCAAUGGGAUUCUGAAUCCGUACAAGUUGAUUUUUGAGCAACAUUGAUAAUGUUUUAUUUAUUGACACUGCUUUAUCUAUAUAAUCUGUAUAAAUACUGGAUGUCUUUCGUGUGUUCCUCGAUGUUGUCGAUACCAUAUUUGACGGCGUCUAUCUUUCUCAAUUCUUCAAAUGAUAUUCUGUAGAGUUCUAGGAA